GACGAGAUACCGCACUGCUUCUACCUACCGGACAUCUACUGGAUGGCGACUCUCGACGGGAUAUCUGCUGGGUGGCUACUGGGUCUGCUGGAACUGGAGCUGGAGCUGGAACUGGAACUGGACGUCGACUGCACAUCUCCUGGCGUUCUAUCAUCUACCCAGGUCGACAGAACGCAAACUGGCCAUCUCGCCCGCCCAUUCCUCACACCUUGCCUGGUCCAUCGUUUUCCCUCCGUAGUUCCCAUAGUCCCCAUCAUCAAACUAUAUUUAAUGUGCAAUCAAUCACACAUGCCUGGCGGGCUGGAUCUGGAUCUGGAUACCGGAUUCUGGAUGCUGGACCAUGGCAUUGGCCCAAAACUAAGUUCGUCUUGUCAAGCUCAUUUUAGUUACACUGUCACAUAGAUCGCUCCCAUCCCUCCUCUCCAUAUGUGAUGAAACUGGGACGAGGAGACCUAGGAAGUACAGCCUCACCAAGGAAUCCAACGUCUAAUAGCCAAUAUCCAAUAUCCAAUAUCAUAGUAAUAUCCCACAUCUCUGAAAGUAUAAUAGAGUUCUAUCAGGAACCACAGAUCACCAGUGGCACCCAACGGCCCUUGUAUCACAGUCCAUCCAGGGAUUCCUCUCAUUCUUCUUAUUUCUCACAAUUAUCGCUGCCAUCAACAUCCACAAAUGCCCAGUUGAUCAUUCCCACUUGAGCCACUGUCCUCCUGAAGGACCAUUCACGAAUCACUACCCCCUCCAAAACGUCCCAUCCAUGAUUCCACAUACGACAAAUCCCAACUUGUCCCAAUUGAUCAUCCCAAGGAUUUCCACCUUUCAUUAAGUAAAUGCUCUCUUACUUUCUGUCCCUCCCCGAAAACGUCAAGCUCUCCCUCUCACUCAAAUUUGCAAGGGUUUACAUCGAGAGUAACCCUGUAAACGUGUAAAUAUUUGUCUCUUGUCCCCCCAAUAUUCAACAUUCAAAAAGCGAUUGGAUUGUAGGAAGACGAAGCAGAAGAAGAAGAAGAAGCAGAAGAAAACCUUGGUUGAACCCUUCUUAUACAGACACAUCCUCGAGGACAACUUUACAUCUCACCCGCCGGCUCCCUCUUCAAUUGACUUCUUGGACUUGAGAACGAAGAACGCGCAGAGGUUUAUGUUCCAAUUCUUAGACCUCUUUGGCCCCCGGGACCGAACCCAUUGAUCAUUUAUUUGUUUGUUUGUCGGGUUGUGUGUUGAAUCAUUCAUCCAUUCACUUCUCGAUUCCUUCCAGUGCCCGUCUUAUAUAUAUACAUAUGUGUGUGUAUGACUGCUGGUGCUAGAUUCCCUACUACACGGCCUCCCACGUCUAAACUUCGAUCCGAAAACUCAACCAACUCCAUAUCUACCACAAGUUCCGAUAGAAGAAAAAAAUCGUAUCAGAACACCCAAGGGGAAAAAAAAAAAUCCACUCCCCUCCCACUUCUUCCCCAAUUCUACCGGAUUUGCACCGGUAUACAACCCUCUCCGACCAAAAAAUAAAAGCACGUCAGGGAUUUCUAUUGGCAAGAUGUCCAGCUACCCAGUUCCGAAUGGUCACAACAACAAUAACAAUGGCUACAAUCCCUUGCCAUUGCACGGCCCAACCUCCAUCCCAUCGCCAAAUGAUUCCAUGAUUUCCCACAAUCAACAGCUUCAGCAUCAGCAUCAGCAACAGCUCGGCAUACCUGUCUCACCCUCUUUUCAAUAUGAUCCUCAGAUGGGAGCUCCACAGGGUCAGCAAUCGCCCCAAAUGCCCCCACCAAUGCAACAGUACAAUGAUGGAAUGACGAAUGGCCAUGACGGUCUACCAAUUCAAGCUGGAACACCAUCAUCCAUGAAUGGAACCGGAGAAGUACCAAAAGGAAAUAGAUUACGGAAAGCAUGCGACUCAUGCAGUAUCAGAAAAGUCAAGUGCGAUGAAUCUGGUCCUCCAUGUCGAGCAUGCGCUGCACUAGACAUUCCAUGCACAUUCGACAGACCAAGUCGUCGCAGAGGUCCACCAAAUCGACACGCGGAAGCAGUCAAGAAGAGACGACUCGAGAUUGAAUCUUCGGGUGGCGCAUCUUACUCCUCUCCGACAUCACCAAAUAAUGUUGCUGCGACAUUGGCAUCGUUCUCUUCACAUGCAGUUCUAUCUGCCGAAUCGAUAUUACCGCUAGCCACUCUCGAGCUCUUCGUCGAUGAUUUCUUCACAUACAUACAUCCGCUUGCCCCGUUCCCACAUGAACCUUCAUUCCGAGUGGCACUCAAAAAUCGAGAAGAUCUAACUAAUUCAUCAUUUCUUGCAUUGUUGGCAUCCAUGGUUGGAAUAUUGGUAGCAUCAUUUCCCAGAAAGCCUAGGUUACAUCUCAAGGCUCAACAUCGAGAACAUAUGUUCCCACAUUCGCUCAAUCUGGUCGAGAGAUGUCAUAAAGUGGCAGUUGAAGCUAGGGGUGCUGGGUACCUCGAUAAGGAUCUUUCGGUUUAUGAUGCAGCUACAAGUUAUUUUUUGGGGCUGUCAGGCGCAUACACAUUCAAUUGGAGACAAUGCAGAUUGUAUUUUGGAGAAACAUUAAACAUUUUAAGAAUGUUGGGGGCACAUAGAACCAAGAACACUGGUGGGAUGGCUACAACAGGUCAUCUUCCUGCGACAUUUGGUUCUGAAAGCCCUCAAUAUGUUGAUCAGCCUGAACCUGUCGAUUACAUUCGUCAAGAGAUCGGUAGAAGGUUAUUCUGGGUUAUGUUUGUUGGUAUUCGAUCAAUGCAACAAAUAGGUGCAACCUUUGGUGAACUUCUGAUCCCUCCACCAACUCCAAACGAACCAUAUCCUCCACUACCUGUGGAAGUUGACGAUGAGUACAUUUUUGUAGAUCACAUCCAAUCACAGCCUGAAGGGAUCUUGUCAGGCAUUGUUGGAUUUAAUAUGGGUGUCAAGACGUACAUGACAUGUACACCUCUUUCAACCAUGGAAGUUGCAUAUGGAAUCGAUCAAGUCUUCGACUAUCAACGUCAAAGAAGGGUGCUCGCACAAUGUCUUAACGCUGCUAAACACGUUCUGGACCAAUUGCCAAAUGAGCUGAUGCUUCUCCACAAUUCCGAAUCAGGAGGGUUUGGUCAACGAAACGAAGCCUACUAUCCACCUUUGGAAGGGUUUCCGGGCGCUCGUUCAGGUGGAAUCGAAGGACAAUCUUGGAAUGGAGUCGCAGGAGAUGAGAAGAGAAGAAGACAAUAUGAAAUUAUGAAAUCCAAUAUUUACGCUAGUCAGCUGGCCACCAGGUCAUACCUCGUCGAGAAGUAUUGGAACCUUCAAGAUGCAUACGAACAUCUCAAGGCUAAAUCAGGCGGCUCUGGGGAUUUCAAAUUAGGAUCUCCAGGUCUGAUUGCAAGUGGUUUGGAUGAAAUGCUGCCACGAUCAGCAACAGAAGAUUCAAUCGAGUCUAUUGUGAUGAAUGAAAGGGAGAGCAUUGUGAAGGAUUUGCUGAAGGCGCUGAGUUGUCUUCAACAAGUCAAUAUGGAACCUAACGGUGGAAGCUUUGUCAAUAAGAUCCGCCAAAUAGCGUCAACUUUAGUCGAUACCCCGCAAAACCGCAAAGGACCCUUCGCAUUACAAACCGAAGAGUACCUAGGUAAAUUCCUGGACAUCUUGAUGAAACUUGAGAGAGCUAGUCCGGCCGGUGCUAGGAGUGCGAGUGCCGAUGGCGUGGUUGAUGAGGAGGAGGAAUUAAGCAGCUGGGCUGAUCUCAGAGAAUAUCAGACGAGAUUCGCUCAAUCUGGAGGAUUCUUGAAUGAACUGUAAGAUCAUAAUUUAAGAUUUGGGGCUGGGUGACGAGAGUUGGAGAGAGAAAUGAUUUAUGCGUUUGCAAUGGAAUGGCAGGGAAAAUUUUGGCAAAUGGGGUUCGGGCGCAGAUCUUCUAAUUGUAAAAUGGACGGCCGGAUGGAUUGUGUGGGAUGGAUAGGUGAUUGGUUUGGUGGCAUGGGAUAUGUAUGUAUGAUGGUGAACGAGAUUGAGAUUUGAGCGAGGCAGAUGGAGUGGUUGAUUCCACAGUGUUCAUAUGGGAAUUCAGUACAUGGCAGGACGGCAAACCAAAAAAAAGAUUUGCACAAAUGGGUUUUAAGGGACUGGGUGGGGAAUGGAUGGGCUUGGUACCUGGAUGGGCUAAAAUAGAUACUUACUAUGGUAUUUUGUAGUACUCUGUACUAGACUAUCGGUACAUUUUUGCAACCGCGCGCCGCGUGUGGGAUUUUUACCGGAGCAAUCAAUGCAUGCAAUAACAGGUCAUGUAGAAAUAAGAAUUAAAUUAUACCCA